AUGAUUGCUAUGAAAAGCUCUCUUUUUUUUUUUUUCUCUCCACUUCCUACAGGACAAUUUGCAAAAAGGAAGAAGACUUCACUUUGGUUCACAGUCUCUCUGCUGGUAGUGUCUGUUUUCAUACUGACCAUAGGUCUGGCAGCUACCACAAGAACAGAGAAUGUUACCGUGGGAGGCUACUACCCAGGCAUCGUUCUUGGCUUUGGAUCUUUCCUAGGGAUUGUUGGCAUCCACCUGGUAGAGAACAGAAGACAAAUGUUAGUAGCCUCCAUCGUGUUUAUCAGCUUUGGCGUGGUAGCUGCGUUCUGUUGUGCAAUAGUUGAUGGAGUGUUUGCAGCACGACACAUAGAACCCAGACCUUUGCAUAACAAAAGGUGCCAGUUUUAUUCAAGUGGCAUAGGAUUCCUAUAUGAUGCCUACCAGACAGAGGUGACUUGUUAUACCUUAAACAGCAAGUGCCAGCUGAAAGUAAAGAGUAACACGUGUUAUUGCUGCGACCUGUACAACUGUGAGAAUUCAGAGCAGUCCUCCAGCUACUAUGAAUUUCUCGGCGUGAGCAGCUGUCAGGACGUGGUUCACCUGUAUAAGCUGCUGUGGUCCUCCACAGUCCUCAACAUCAUUGGGUUGUUUCUGGGGAUUAUUACGGCAGCCAUUCUCGGGGCAUUUAAAGACAUGGUACCUCUGUCCCAAAUUGCUUUCAGUGCUGCACCUCCUCCUCAGAUCCUGUACAAUCCUGCCCAGCAGAUCCUGACAUACACUGGGUUCUGUCCUUCUGCAGCAACUAUUUCUACAUAUCCAUCCUACCCGUUACCUCUUCAGCCUGCCAGCAAUUUUCCAGGAACAUCAUCUACUGACAUUUCUUUAUCAGAAGAAACUCAACCUCCAUCUCAGUCCAGCUCCAGCUAUGGUCUUCCCCCCAAUGCUCCAGCCCUCUAUACACCGACUUACUUCGUGCCUGGAGAAAAGCCUCCACCAUAUGCACCAUAGAACAAAGAAUUUAUUUCAGGUAGCUGGUAGGCUUUUAUUUUGUUUUUAAGAAACCUCUGGAAAACUGUGCUGUGCAGGCACUAGACUUCCCAAGGAACCCACCGCAGAGCGUGUUAUGGCCACUCUGCUUUUACCUGCAUCUCACUGUGAGCAGAACAGAACCCUGGAAACGUAAGGGCAGGCACAUCACCAGUGGGGUGACCAGUCACCACCAGUUUGCCUGCGGUCAAAUGCAGUGCUGCUUUCUGGCUACUAUAAGCAUGAGUUUUUUCCUUCUUCAGCUUCUGGAGAAUGAUUUUUCUUCAAGAGGAGAAAUGAGGAAAGCAUCCCAGAUACAUAUUCUGCUCUCAUAAACCGAUAUAGAGGGGUUUUAGCCUG